CGGUCUGGCGAGUGACGAGUAAUCACUAACCAGUGUAAUAAUAUUAUAUGAGCUAUCUAACCAAUACAAAUGACCGUCAUUUUACCUACAACCCGUUUUUUACAUUGGUACAUUCCAUGUACCAAUAUGUAGUACAGUCUACAUUGGCAUAUUAAUAAAACAUACUGUCUAAAUACGGAUUGCCAUUUACAGCAGUUAACUAAUCACUCAAGUGAUCAGUCUUGCCAGAAAAUUAUUACAAAUGAAAAUGAUGAUUUUACAUUGUUACACCAGUUACAGUAUUAGAUAUUUUAAUGCUUAAAAUGUCACUACUAAGUACUAUUUACAGCAUUGGUUGAACUCGGCUCGUUUAUUUCACAGCUUACUUGUGUUAACUGGCUUGUGCUUUACUAAAAUGUAGAUUAUAGUCACUAAUCACUAUGUAGUAUAGGUACUAGCCACUAGGUAGUAUACCGUUAGUUGCAUCUGCGGCGUGUGCACUUCGUGUUGUUGCUUGCUUAAACUAAUAACUAUAUAGUGCCGUCGUGUUAACUGUACACUAUUGUCUAUUCGUAAGAUAAUUGUUUCAACAUUUUUCAAAUCAUGGACCAAGUUGUAACGUGUGUAGCCCCGGUUAAUAUAGCUGCUAUAAAAUAUUGGGGUAAGAGAAACGAAAACUUAAUAUUGCCUUUAAACGACUCCCUCAGUUUGACACUAGAUUGCGAGCAGAUGCACGCAAGAACAUCAGUUAUGGCCAGUCCAACUUUCCAAGACGAUAUUGUUUGGCUAAAUGGACAUGUCAUGUCAAUUGAAACAAAUGUCCGUCUACAAAAAUGCUUUAAAUUAAUUAGAGAUUUAGUUAAAAAAAAAAAAGGAAUAAACUGCAAUGAAGCAAAAUGGAAAAUAAGAAUAUGUUCAAAAAAUAAUUUUCCGACUGCUGCGGGUCUGGCUUCGUCUGCAGCUGGUUAUGCAUGUUUAAUUUACACAUUAGCAACUGCUUUUGACUUAACUGAUGAAGAUCUUCCGUCAAUAGCCCGGCAAGGCAGUGGCAGUGCGUGUAGGAGUCUAUUUGGUGGAUUUGUCCAGUGGCAAGCUGGUAUAGAUGAAUUUGGGACUGACUCUACUGCAGUUCAAAUUGUUCCCGAGACACACUGGCCUGAAAUGAGAAUAUUAAUAUUAGUAGUAAACGACUCUAUGAAAAAAACAAGCAGUACUUCAGGAAUGAAACAAUCUGUGGAAUCAAGCGAAUUACUCAAAUACAGAGUUGAUAAAUGUGUACCACAAAGGAUUGAACUAAUAAUACAAGCCAUUAAAGACAAAAAUUUCGAGAAGUUUGCUGAAAUAACAAUGCGUGAUAGCAAUCAGUUUCACGCUGUUUGCUUAGACACAUAUCCUCCAUGUGUUUAUUUAAAUCAAGUAUCCCACAAAAUAAUACAAUUUAUCCAUGAUUACAAUGAAGCCAUUGGCCAAACUAAAGUUGCUUAUACUUUUGAUGCUGGUCCAAAUGCAUUUAUUUUCAUUGAAGAAAAAGAUUUGAGUUUUUUUUUAUCAGAACUAAUUCAAGUAUUUCCUUCAGACCAACCUAAUUCAUAUGUACGUGGUAUUUCAACUACACAUACAAACACAAAAUAUCCGUUUGGGUUAACUCAAAACGAAAAAGGACUGCUGAAAUAUAUUAUGGUAACAAAAUUAGGUGAUGGGCCAAAAUGUGAUGAUAACCAUUUGUUAGAUAUUGAUGGCAAUCCAAGUUAAAAUACAUUUAUUAUACAAUUUAUUUAUUUUAAUAUGGUUGUUGAAAAUCUUUAAAAUAAAGCAUGAAAAAAAAUGUAUUACCCAUUUAAUAUAACUUAGAUUUUAGUUUGUUAAUUUAUUAAUUAUUUAUAUAUAUAUUUCAAAAUUCUUAGAUUUGUAUUACAUUUAAAGUAUCAGAAAAAAAAUAUCUAUAUUUCAAUUAAAAAUAUAUUGUUUGUUAUAAUUUAUGAAGAACAAUGUUAUUAUUUUAUUAAAUUAGAGCACUAUA